CUGGGACGCUGGAAUGCGGCAGUGUGUCGUGAGGCGGCUCCGGAAGCCGGCAGUGUCGUGAAGCGGACCCGGUAGUGGAGGAGCCGGGAGCCGGUGUGUGAGGGAACGGGAGCGCGGAGCGGGACAGCGGCGAGGCCGGGCCGGGUCGGGUCGGGUAUGGGCAACACGGAGAGCGCGGGCGCCGGGCAGCCCGACUGCGCCGAGGACGAGGAGGAGGAUGAGGAGCAGCCGCAGGACAGUGAGCGGGGCUCGGCCAAGGCCGGCUUCCCGGCGCCAGGCCCGGACGGAGGGCCCGAGCCGGGGGAGGGAGGCGGCCCCGGGCCCGGCCCCGGCCCCGGCCCCGGGCCCGGGCACAGCUGCGGGCCCAGCGCUGACAUGCUGUUGCAGCACCAGCGGCUGCGGGAGGCGGCCGCCAAGGUGCGGGAUGAAGUCUGUGAGAAUGUGGUGCAGCAGCAUCACAGUCACCUGAUCCGCUGGUUAGAGGAGCGCCUGGCCCGCGGGGAGGACACCAUCAGGAUGGCACAGCUCUGUGAGCUCCUCACAACCAGGUUCGCCAUCAAGGAGGAGUGCGAGGAGGCAUUUGCUCAGUUCGAUGCAGAAGGAGAUGGCACAGUUGCUGUGGAGAACAUGUUGGAGUCAUUGAAAACUUCUGGCGGUGCCAAUCUGCAGGGUGAAUUAAGUCAUGUGAUUCGGCAACUACAGGGGUGCUCCCUCACACCAGGGUUUGUUGACAUCUUUUCAAAAAACAAGGAGCGCAUGGGUGUUCAUGCUGCAAAAAUCUUGCGUUUCCUCCACAGGAACCGAAUUCCAAGUAGUGCAAUUCCAUUCCCUGUGAUGGACAGUUACAACAACAUCUGUGCCAUGCGUUCCUCUGUUUUGAAAGAUUGCCUAAAGCAGCUAUUAGAGAAAAAAAAUGAGCAGACAAUUCAGUGUUCUACAGAUAGCGAUCGAGAGCUGGAUAAGUUGAAGAUGAUAAUCAAGUGCUACACCACCAUAGAAGCAUCUUCAAACUCUACAGAUAUUGACAAGAUGACCAAUGGAGAAACCACUUCCUAUUGGCAAUCAGAUGGGAGUUCUUGUUCACACUGGAUCAGGUUGCGGUUAAAACCUGAUGUCGUACUGAAGCACCUAUCAAUAGCAGUGGCAGCUAGUGAUCAAAGCUACAUGCCACAACAGGUCACUGUAUCCUUGGGGAGGAAUCCCAGCAAUCUGCAGGAAAUCCGUGAUGUCCGUAUUCCCAGUAACAUGACUGGAUACGUCACUCUGCUGGACAAUGCAAACGUCAACCACCCAAUUGUACAGAUAAAUAUUAAACGUUGCCAUGGUGAUGGUUGUGACACAAGGAUUCAUGGACUAAAGACAAUGGGAUACCAGGUUGUGAAGAAAUCUGGAGUUUCAGUAUCUGAUGCUUCUGCAAUUUGGUACUUGACCUUGCUAACAACGUUGGUGACUGCGUCCAUAGAAACAAACCCUGACCUUGCGCAAAAUGUCCUUCGAAUAACACAAAAAGCACUACAGCACAUGCCACCGCUGUCCCUCACUGUAGGAUCCACAGAGUUGCCAAGCUUCAUGUCGUCGAAUGUUUUAGAGAAAGUGGACAGCUUUCUCAUCAGGAUUGCAGGUUGCUGUGCCAAUCCUGAAGCAGAGUUGACUCUCCUAGCAUUUGCUUUGGCCAGAGGAAGCAUAGCCAAAGUGAUGACAUCACUUCUGACCAUCAGUGAUCACUUGGACACAGAGUAUGAGGCAUCCUCACUCCUUACUGCCAUGGCAUCUGUACGACUAAACCAGCUUCAGAAAUAUGGGAAACCACUGCAGUUGACUGUGGAGGCAUGCGAUGCCAAAGAAGGGAAAGAAAAGGGAUUUGGGCCGACUGCUGUGCUUUAUGAAUCACUGCUGGGAGAUGGAUUUCUGUCUGAGGCCGGACAUACACGAGCCAGCUUCAUUUUGUCGUCCAGAACAAAACUAUCCAUCCAGGUUUCUCAGGUUAGGAUCAAGGUGCACAACGGAGCUAAAGGAGCCAAAUGUGGUUUAAUCUUUGCAUAUAAUGAUGAGUCAGAAACUUUCGAUGCAGAGAAACAUUUCCAGAGGUUUGAAAAAUACAAUAAGUGGAAGCUGCAAGAAUUCCGACAGUUUGUGAGGGAAAGGCACAAUGGUCACAGUACUGAUCUGGAUGAGCCUGUUGGCUGGUUUGAACUGGAAGAUGAAUGGAAUGAGACAGAAGUGAAAUUACAGACCUGCCGAAUCAGCAAGUAUCUGAUGGUGAAGUUUCUCUGUCCCCGCCAAGAGGAUGAGAACAACGUGCGUAUUGGCAUCAAACAUCUAAGUAUUCGAGGUUACUUGAGACCAUCCAAUCAAGAGUAUCUCUCUCUCUCUGAUACAGCGUCAAGUGGUCAUGUUACUGGGCAGACCCUCAUGUUGAAGACACUCUACUUUAUUCAGCAACUGGCCCAGGAUGCAGCAGAAUUGAGAGAGCGGAGGGUAAAGCAGAAACCUAACCUGGACUAUUCAGACCUUAAUCUGCAGCUCUUCUGGAAUUUCUAUGAAAAGUUCAGACAAAAUCAUGAUAUUGAGUGCCUCCAAGCACAAAGGAUUUUGUUACAACUGCUACAAAGUUGUUUGGUGUUGCUGUCUGGACCUCAGCCUGUAAAAACUCAGUCCAAAGGACAACCAACCACCGAGAGCAAGCCCCCUAUUGAUCGAGAAUCUGCUCACGAACUCUAUGAGUACCUUUGUAAAGUAGUGGAUGAUGCAGAAUAUGACACGGUUGCCGGGGAGACGCUGAGGAAGGAGGCUGUAAAUACCAUCCUUAGUGGAGCAGCCAUCUUUUUUCCAGAUGUGCAGACUCGGCGGGAUCAGCUUUUUAAAAUGAUGGAAACAGUCACUGAACCGUCUCAACCUCAAUCUGCAACAAUUACGUUCCAGUCCCUGUGUCAUUACUUCAGCAAUCAAGAUCCAAGUGGGCUGCUUCAGUUGCCGCAGAAGGGAGUUCCUGCCGAAUUUGACAUUAAUCCAGUAAUGAAGGUCAUGGAUACUUUGCUGUUAGUUGCAACACGAGAGUGCGAGUUGAUGUUCACGAACAACUUGUUUGGGAAGAAUGAAGCUGUUCUCGUCAAUCUACUCUGGGCAUUGCAGGGUCACCUUCUUUCCUGGUGUUACCUGCAAUUGAAGGGGAAUGAUGCCUUGUCUCUCCGUCACACCAGAGAAAUCCUCCUUAACUAUGUCAAACGCCACAUUUCCAGUGCAUCCAAUGUUCUGGAUUUUAUGAUGCUGAAAUGCAGUGCGAAGCAGAUCAUGUCGAGCUUGAAUAAUUCCUUUCUUGCGAUGACAACCAGACAACUGAUAAUCUACCUUUUGGAGCUUUCUAGUUUGGACAUUCCUCACUGUGCACUUCUACAGGCCUUUACUCCACUGGCUAAAAUAUUGAAGACCCUCUGUUGCGAAACUGGUGACGACUUUCUCAAACUUGGUGGUGAGAACUUGGAGAAAUCAGAGGAGCCUGUGUUUCUCAGGAUGUGGAGCAUGGAGUCUACUCACAACUACGAAAACAACAGUCACGAGACAACGGUCUUUGUUUGUCCAGGUGCAACAUCUUUUGAAGUGGAGUUUGAUGAAAAGUGUGAAACAGAGAAAAGGUAUGAUUAUUUGGAAUUUACGGACUCUAGAGGAGUGAAAGUGCGUUAUGAUGGAAAGGUUGGAACAGAGAAAUGGCCAAAGUCAGUGACGUUUAAAUCUGGCCCACGGCUGCAGUUUCUGUUCCACUCUGACAACUGCAACAACGAAUGGGGAUACAAGUUCAUUGCCAAAGCAUACGGCCUGCCAGAUGUGCGGGUACCUUGGGUUGCAGAUCUACAGCUUCUGGUGUCACGGCUGAUGGGCUGCCUUGCCUCCCGAGCACUGUCUUUAAAUUCAGCCUGCGGAUUACUUCCUGCAGUUGAGUUACCUGUAGAGAAAGUUGCAUCUGUUGUGGAGUCUCAUCUGUGGAAACCCAUCCUGAGACACGGAACGUGUCCAGAGGGAGCGUUGGACAGCACAUCACCACAAGAAAUGGCCAAGAACGAUGUUCAUAAGUUCCUGAUUCAGGUUGCUCUCUGGGAUCCUUCUCAAGAGGAUUCCUCUGACUCUCAGUCCGAUCUAAUUAAGAGACUUAUAAGCCUAUGCAAGAAACAUUCGGCAAAGACGGAAGUAGUUAGUGGAUUUGAUCUUGGGUCAAAAGUUGAUCAAGCUGUGAACUCAGUCUUUGCAGCCAUGGUGUACCACAGCCCUGAUCUUCACAGUGCACUGAGAACUUAUGUUACAAGUGGAGGUACUACAGGUUUCACUGAAGAGAUGGCUGAAGUGUAUGGAUUAGCUGAAGGAAUGAAGACGUGGAUAAUGGAACGUAAACAGAAAUAUCUUAUGAUGCUGAGCGAUAAAGAGGUACAAGACGACAGCAAGAUGAAUCCAGACAGUAUCAAUGAAAAUUGGAUUGAAAAGAGCUUUUUGCUACUAAAGUUUUCACCUUUCCCAACAAAAAUCGCUGUAUCUUCAUCUGAUUUUAAGAGGAUUGAUAUUUUGCAAGAACAGAACGAGGUUUUGGCCAGGGCCACCGAUUCACCAGCACAGCAAGUUACUUCCGAGUCCACAGUGUCCCAGGAUCUUAGUGCAUCGUCACAGAGCACAGCGGCAGAAAAGCCCCAACAAGUAAUCCCGGAUACCACAGCUCCAAGGGAUGAUCUUGAUAAUGCUGUUCCACCCCAAAAUGAGAGUCCCGCUUCUUCAGUGAGCACAACGCCCAGUGAGAACUUUGUUUCUCCUUAUGUUGAUCUUCCUUCCCCAUUCAGCUCAAAAGCCAAGCCUGCUUUUGGUAAAGGUCGACUUCGGCUACUUUCACUCAGGUCCAUGGAGGAAUUUAAAAUGGUCCUCAUCCAAGACAAAUAUCCAAUUUUGAAGAACAUUUUAGAUUUCAUGAAAGAUUCCAACAUUUCUUCUGAAAGUGUCUUACAGGUUUUGUCUAUGAGGAAGGCACAGGCCAAGAGCAUCACUGAUGUUCUGCAUGCAGUCACUGAAUGCCUACAAUCACUUGGGCAACCUCAUAUCUUCCAGAUCUUCUGCAUUCUCUUUUUACAGGAAGUAUUAGCCUGCCAGAAGGAAUUGACCAGCUAUCAUCAGCAACUGGAGGGCUGUGGAAAGAAGCAAUGGAAUGAUCUGCGGCAGGCUUACUAUAAUCUUGUGCUGCUGCUGGUUAAUGCUGUCCGCCAGUUUAACUCUGAGAAAGACCGGUCUCUGCUCCCGGCAUUGUCCUGUGUGCAGACCUGUCUACUUCACCUGCUGGAUAUGGGCUGGGAGCCCUUGGAUAUGCCCUUCUUCCAUGAAAUCCAGCUGCCUGAUUUUUUACUGGCAAUGUCACAAGAAAAUAUCAGUAUCCAUGACAGUGCAAUACACCAGUGGAGUGAAGAGGAUGAGAUUGCAGAUUAUGAGUGUAACAAAGAGUGGAUGGAGGAAUGUCAAGAUGGAAUACAGCUUCGGGUAUGGUACGAGAGAAUGUCUAAUGCAACUGCUGAGGACAAAAGAAGGAUGCACAUGUUUGUUGCACGUUACUGUGACUUGCUGAAUGUGGAGAUAUCCUGUGACGGGUGUCAUAAAAUAGCCCCCUGGCAUCGCUAUCGGUGUCUGCAGUGUCCAGACAUGGAUCUCUGCAAAACAUGUUUCCUUGGUGGAGUGAUGCCUGAACAUCACGAAGAUUAUCACAAAAUGGUGAAUAUGGAGUAUGCAUGUGAUCACUGCCAGGGGUUGAUCAUAGGCCGCAGGAUCAACUGUAAUGUAUGUGAUGACUUUGAUCUGUGCUAUGGAUGCUAUUCUGCGAAGAAAUACCCUGACAGUCACUUGCCAACACACAGCAUUACAGUGUUUCCCAUGGUGACGAUUCGGAUCAGUGACCGCCACCGUCUCAUACAGCCAUAUAUCCACAACUAUACCUGGCUGCUGUUCAGUGCACUGGCCCUCUACACAGCUGAUAUUGUAACAGAACCAAACCCUGCCGAAGAGGAGUUGGACUCAGAUGUACGCAAACAUGCUGCAGCAUUGGAGGCUCACUGCACAGAGCUCAUCACCGAAUAUCUACUCAAAGCACAUCAAGGCAAAAAUCUAAAGAAUUCUGCAGUGCUUUCUUUGCUGUCCAACGUGUCAGCUGAAAGUGAGAAGAAUGUAACUGGUACUUCAACAGACACUGGUGAACCGAUGCUUUCCACAACUGAAUGUAGCAUCAGUAGCCAGCAGCAAGCUCAGUCUCAAUCCUCUGACCUGGAUUCAUCAAAUGAAUCCACUCCUGCUGAUGUCCAGAAAGCAAUUUUGUCUGAUACUCGUUCGGGAAAUGGGGAGGAAGCUGUUCAGUCCAGUCAGAAGAAAAUCCCAAAGAAGUUAAAAUCAAGUGAAAGUGAUGCCACUUUGGCAAGUAUUGACAGCAUUGAGUGGGAGAGCGUACAGGUGCUUCAGGUAUCUGGAUCCCGAGGAGAUACUUUGAACUUUGAGAGCAGUAAGGACAAUAUGAUCUCUGACUCUGAUUCAUCACAUCGCAUGUCUUUAUCCACGACUGGUUCCUCAGCAGUUUUAUCACCCAGUCAGUUAAGUUUCAUGGUAACAGAUAUUGCCUCUGAAGAUGAAGUUAAACAUAGCGGUUCUGUAGUUGAUGCUGCUUCUAUACAACAGUCUUCCUCUGACCUUUCCACGAAACCACCCAAGACUGAACAGCGACUCAGUGCCUCCCAGUCUGAGCACAGUUCAUUGUUGUCCGUGAUGUCCACUGCAUCCAGAGAAAUACAGCAUUCUUUUGUGCCCAGUGUUGCAUCCGACACGUUCGCAAAGCCAUCUCCUACCAGUGCUGCAGAGUCGGUGGCCACUGAAUCGGUGCUGCUGUCUUCUGUGUCAGGAACACAGCCGCCUGACUCCAAUGCAGCUGAACAGCAAAUGUCUACAUCAGCCAUGGAGGUGGUUAAAGCAGGAUCAGAGCCCGCUGUGGAAGCAGCUGCAGUUCGCAUAUGUGGAUCGAAAACCUCUUUCAAGACACACACUGCCGUCAGAGAGCCGGUGCACAGCCAAGACCAGGUCUUUGCUGAAUGUUCACAGGAGAGAAUUCUCGGACUGCUGGCUGCAAUGUUGCCUCCUGUGAAAACUGAUUCAUCCAUGUGCCUACCAAACCUGAGGCAAGUACUGAAACUGCUGUUUCGGGUGGCAAUGCAGAACCCUGGGCAACUGAUUGAGACCUAUCACUUGACGCUGGGGCUACUUGGACAAUUACUGUUGAGAAUCUCCCCAGCAGAGGCUGAUGCAGCAGUCAAGGACGUCCUGUUUGCAUCUUGGGCGUUACUUAGUACAGCAGAAGGCAAGCUGAAGCACCCUGGUUGGAUGACUACGCAGGUUUUGUUUAGUCUCGGAGCAGUGUGCUUGGACUGCAGGAUUAGCCUGGACUGGGCAUCUUCAGUGGCAGAUAUCCUCAGGGACCUGAACUUUAGCCCGCAAUGGCAGGAGGUGAUUGCGGCCUGCACACAGCGGUGCAUUGAGGAGUUGCCGUUCCAUCUGAAACGCACCAACAUCUUCACCCUGCUGGUUCUGGUCGGAUUCCCAGAGGUACUCUGCAGAGGCACUCAUACUGUUUACAUAGACAAUGCUAAUGAGUCACAUGAUGUCAUUGUGCUGAAGCAUUUUACAGAGAAGAUUCAAGCCGUGGUAAUUGACACCAAGACUCGAAAACGUAAAACAGUGAGGGAUUACCGGUUGGCGCAGGUUUGUAAACCUGAAUGUAUGGCGACUCAACCUCAACUCAUCCAGUUCCUACAGCACUUUAUGUUAAUCUACAGCCACCUACUGCAGACCAAUAUAGACAGCAGCUGCCCAGAUGCAGUGGAGGCUACCUGGCUCCAAUCACUUGCUCUGAAGGGUCUCUACAAAACACUGCAGAAACAUAGUGUUGAAGAGAUCCAUCAGAUCAUUCUCCAAUCUGGUUUGAUAAAGUUGCUUCAGAAGAAAUGCACCAAGGGGACAGGAUUUAGUAAGCUAUGGCUGCUUUGUGACCUGGAGACCCUGUCGAUCAUGAUGUAUUCAUCAAAGAAGGAGGCCAGUCUUGCUGGUGAAGGGGCAACCUCUGAGGCAGAGGAGAAGGAGCAGGUUUCAGAUCAUGAGCCUAAAAGCAGUGGCUCUGUGUUUGAACUUGAUGAAACUAAACCUGAUCCUUUGGAAGGUCUUGACGAAGCUACAAAAAUCUUUUUCCAGAUAACUCACGAUGCUCUAAAUGCACCUUUGCACAUCCUGCGAGCCAUGUAUGAACUUCAGAUGCGAAAAACAGACUCCUUCUUUCUCGAAGUUCAGAAGAGGUUUGACGGGCACGUGAUUACAACAGAUGAGGCAAUCCAGUCCAUGUCUCUGAAGUGGCAGCCAAGCAAAGCCUCACGGACAGAAGACCACAGCACGAAAGCUGUCGACACUGACAUGAUGAUUGUACCAUGUGUGCACAAGAUCAUGGGAAAGCUCUGCACACUGUCCAAGCCUUUGCGUUGUGAGAAGGCAUCAGAGGAGACCAACCCUGUGACCCAGAAACUGAUAACCAACACAGAAAGUGACCUGCAGCUCAGCUUUGCCAAACAGCGACGGACUAAAAGCUCCAUGCUGCUGCACAAAGAGCUCGACGUGCGAAGCAAGAGGACAGCCCGGGACUACCUGUACAAAGUCAACGAAGCCAUCUCCAUACUGUAUGCCCGGCACGUGCUGGCUGCUCUGUUAGCUGACUGGCCGAGUGGAGUGCCAAUCACUGAGGAUGUUCUCGGUCUCAGCUGCCCAUCACACAUGGCCUACAUACUUGAUUUGCUUAUGCAGCUGGAGGAAAAACCGCUGUGGGAAAAGAUUCUGCAGAAAGUACUGCUUGGGUGCAGUGUGAACAUGCUGGGGCCUCUGGCAGUGACAGCCUGUCAGUUUAUGGAAGAGCCAGGAAUGGAUGUCCAAGUCAGGGAGUCCAAGCAUCCCUAUGACAACAACUCUACAAUUGAGGACAAAGUUCACAUCCCUGGUGCUAUAUACCUAUCUGUGAAGUUUGAUCCACGCUGUGUGUCUGAGGAUGGCUGUGAUGAGUUGUUGAUGUCCAGCAGCAGUGACUACAAGCAAGAUCGACAUACAUUCAGUGGUUCAUCACACAAGUGGAUUGACUUUGAUAUUCCAGGUGAUACACUGUAUUACAGGUUUAUAUCAGACUUAGACACCAAUGACUGGGGUUAUAAAUUCACAGUGACAGGAGGCCACCGUGGACGGUUUCUGACUGGGUUUGAGAUACUCAAGCAAAUGGUUUCAGAGGAGAGGAUUCUCCCACACCUUCCAAUGGCGGAAAUCUGGGAGUGGCAAGUGGGUGUGGCCUGUCAGCAAAUGGGACAUCAACGACUAAAGGCAGUUCAUCUGCUUUUGAAGAUCUUACAGUGCAGCUGUCACAGUGGCUGUGACCUCACCAUGUUGAAGCCUCUCUGGCAACUUUUCACAAAGAUGGAGAAUACAACAAACCAAGACCAGGCUGGUGUUUCUAUCCUUCCACCAUUGCAUCGAGCCCUGACUGAACUGUUCUUCAUUGCAGAAAACCGAGCAGCGGAACGUGGUGUGCUGCACGACUAUUUUGUGGCCUUAACCACAGAAGAUCACAUCCAGCGCUGUGUCAUGCAGGGACUGAAGAAUAUUGCUGCCAUCAGUCUUGCGGUUAACUAUCAGAAUAAGGCUACCAGGUUUUUGAAUGAUCAGUCAACAUCACAAACCAAGCCCGCUUAAUGAAGUUCACGGCAUCGUCAGACUACUGAGUGUCGGCGGGGCUCAGACAAGCAGGCACCUUAGAGUUACACCACGCAGCAACUGACUGUUCAGAUGUACUCCAAUGCGCACUUUCUGAAGUGGGACCUGCUUGUUCUCCUUCCCUGUUUCUCUCCCUCCUCUUCCAUGCACUGUGAUGGCCCCCUCCCCCCUCCCCACCCCCACCCCCACCUCCACCUCAUGAAUGCUCCCAGGGUUCCACAUUGACAGAAAUUCAGACUUCCUUCCUCAUCCCUGAUGGUGGAUUAAGAUCCCUGUCCGUUGACUAGCGGCUUCUGUUGCAAGUGCUUUCCACCAAGUUGUUUUUUAAUCUGUGUUCAACAUCUGACUGUAACUUGGGGACAAAAUAAAGAUAAACUUAACUUGGCCACUACCCCCUUAGAACUGCUAAUAGAUUAUCUAGAAUUGAAAUUCAUGUGGAAUUGGUCAUUUAUAUUUGGCACUGAAGUUAUGGAUUUUGCUGCUGGUUGGUUGAAUUUUACUGUACAGGGAGGUUAACGAUCCUUUUAAAGAAGGUAAUCUCCUAUUUUCACAUGUACCAAAGUAGGAAUUUUUGUCAGCUGGCAGGUGCUCACUCAGUUCAUCAUUUAAGUGUCUUGCUGGGAUAAACCGCAGGUUGGAAAGGUCUUGGAAUCACCUAAUCAUCAGGCAGUACAACAUUUGACCAAGUCUUCAAGUUCCCAGUUGUCCUAACCAUUCCCUCCCUCAACCCCACAACUGUAAAAACCCUGUAACUCGACAAUACUGGCUUGACAUCUGUUGAAUCUGUCAUAGAGGAUGUGUAAUUUUCAUUUAAUUACUACAGCUUUUUUUUUUUAAUUUAAGUUAGUUUAGCUUACUGUGCCAUUUCUAACUUUGUACUCCUUUCUAAAGCAGAGCUUUCUUUUUUGCUUCCAUCUCCUUCCCCCUCGGAGUCCUCCCUCGCCCACCAAUUCCAAUGCUGCAUAGAAUUCUGAAUGUAUAAUGCUGUUGAUAUUAUGUGAUGCGGGUACCAAUUAUGCAGUUAAAAAUAAUGGACAAGUUUAAAAUAUUCACUCAGUUGUAAUAUUUGCUGAGCUGUUUUAAAUAAUAUGCCAACUUGGUAAUGUUCAAUAAAAUAGAAAUGAACAAA